AUGACGAACCGAAAUCACCGUUUUGAAGAAGGAGAGCAUCAACAUCAUCACCAUCAUCACCAGCAACAACACGAUGAAAAUUUUCAUGACAUUGAACUACAGGAAGAGGGUAGGACAAUCUCAUCACCCACCACUGCACUAAAAUCAAGUUUGAAACAAAAUUCAAAAUAUGGAAACAUGACUCGGAAUGAAGACAAUCCCUCCUCGACAAGUACCCCUUUCAAACAACAACAACUCAGUGAUGUGGCCAAUCAUGAAGAUUUAGAUGAGUUGGAAAAUAAUAGUGCUAAAUCUAAUUCUAGCAAACCCAUUGAUUGGAACAAACUUGGAAAUAGAGUCAUCUAUUUAUUACUCGGAAUCAUCAUGGCAUCACUUUUAAUGGGUUUCUCCCUGUAUUUCAUCAUUACAGAAAUUGUGUUCACCAAAGCACUUGUCCCAAAACCUGAUAAUUUUCAAUGCUCGGAAUUGUCGGACAAGUCGUUAGAGGCAUAUUUAAAUGCUUCACCUGGAAACGUUUAUUGGAAUUCAAGUUUUUUGUUAAACUCGCCUGGUGAUUAUGUGUACACGAGAUAUGAGACAAGUUCAGUGACAUAUUUGAAUUACUUUUCAUACGUGAGAGAGUCUAUUUGUAAUCUAUAUCCUGCCAUUGAUCCGUAUUGUAAGACAAAUAGUCCUGAAAUUUUGAAAUUUCAUCUCUAUUAUGCACAUGGAUCCACACGGAAUCACUUUGCCUUGCAAUUUGGAGACAAAACAUCACAUUUAGGAUUUAUCAAAUCACACAAAUUCGUCGUGUACGAUUGCCUCGACAAUGAAAUUGGAUCCAUUAAGGAAAUACAAGAUACUACAGUGAGCACAUCGGCCGAUUACUCGAACAAAGAUUUUGUCAUCUUUUCAGCUAAUGAAACUCAAGUAUUAGCUCUCAUCAUUGAUCGAAUUGUCUACCUUCCACGACGAACCAGCGAUGAGCAUACCUAUGUGGAAUAUGUUUACAAGUCGCCACGACACGGUACUAUUUAUCCAGGUCAAAAAGUUGCCUUCAUUGAACGACACAAAAUUGGAACUACCGAUAAGCGAUACUGGUACACGAUGAAAAUUUUCAAACGUGUUGAAAAUCCAAUUCUCUUUAUCUUGUAUCAUUACAUGGUUCCUUAUUACUACACGCUAUCUACACAGAGUUAG